UGCAUCGUCAAACCAACAAGCCAUGCGCAAGCGCACAGUUAGGAAGAAGAGGAAGUACAAGACAUACCGCUGCUAUGAUUUGAGGGAUAUGGAGCAGUAUUCACUUUGCGAUGCUAUGCGCUAUCUACGGGCUUUCGAAGUUGGAAACCCGCCUGCCACUGUGAAAUAUGAUCUCGCUAUCAAGCUCAGGGCUUACAAAGGUGGACCGGUUAUUCGGAAUACGAUCCGUCUGCCCUUCCCGGUCAAGACCGACACCCGAAUCGGUGUCAUCUGCCCCGAAGGCAGCCCCAUGGCGGUUGAGGCGCAGCAACUCGGUGCCGUUGCGGUGGGAGAAGAGAGCUUGUUCGAAAGCAUCCGCGCUGGCAACAUCCCAUUCAACAAGUUAAUAUGUCACGUCGACAGCCAAGACGCUCUGAAAAAGGCAAACUUGGGAAAGAUACUAGGUCCUAAGGGCUUAAUGCCUAACCCGAAGACCAGGACCAUUACAAGCGAUGUCAAGGCUACCAUGCAAGACCUCAUGGGUUCGGACGAGUACAGGGAGCGUCAGGGUGUGGUGAGGAUGGCGAUUGGCCAGUUGGGGUUCACGCCCCAGAUGCUUUCUGAAAACAUCAAGGCCAUGAUGUCGGUGGUGAAGGAGGACAUCAGCAAUAUCGAUGAGACCCAACCCAAGGCGCUGGACGAGGUAGUCCUGAGCACGACCCAUGGCCCUGGGUUCAGCCUGGAUGGGACCUUUAGCCCGAAGGACGAGAGUCUCAAGCCCGAACACUUACAAUCUGUCAUGUAAUUUUUUUAUUUUUUUUUUGUAUCAUAGAUGUCUAUUGUAUAUGUACCAUCACCAUGGGCAUAGCGUGUCAACGGCUUGGGUAUCUGGAUUUCGCGAUGCGGUACCUUUAACGGCGUCAAAGGUCUCAUUUCUCCUUCAGGACUUUAACCGCGUCGGCUUGGGCAUCCAGGACCCUAUAGACUCCCAGAAGCCGGAUAACGUGCCUUUGGCCUUUCGGGCCGGCCUUGCGUGCCUCC